AUGCUCUCCAAAGCUUCUCUCAAUCUAGUUCUCUUAGCAGGGCUGAUAGCCCCUUCCGAUGGCGCGAUCUUCUCUCGAGAGGUCUCCAAGGCCAAUCUCGAAGCUGCCUAUGGCGCCUUGCAGCAAUGGUAUAAUCACUCCAAUGGUCUCUGGAUACCAAGCCUUACUGUCCUCACUGGGGUAGCUACCGUAGACACUAGUAUGAAACAACAGAUAGCAGGUGUGAUUGCAGAGACUUUUGUGAAAGCGCCGCAUUACAGUCCGGAGAUGGCGAAAGUCGUAGAUAUGGAAAAUGAAAGGUAUCUGAUGCAAACAUUCUAUGGAGACCGAUGGCCUUUUCUUCCUCCAUGGUAUGUGCAGCAGCAUGGUAGACCGCAUCGACACACCUUCAAGAACUUCAUAAACGAUGAUGAGGGAUGGUGGGCUCUCGGCUGGAUAGCUGCGUACGAUCUUACUCAAGACCAUCGUUACCUCACCCAAGCGCAGAUCAUUUUUAGAGACAUGUAUUCCGUUUUCGGGAAAAUAAAUUGCAGCAGAAACAACGCAGGCGUCGGCGGGAUCUGGUGGGAUAAGAACCAUACAUACGUGAACGCCAUCGCCAACGAACUCUUUUUCAGCACCGCUGCCUCGCUCGCCAACCGUGCGGGAAGUUCAUCCGGCGGGCUAUCGUACCUGGAUAUAGCGAAGAAGCAACUGGCCUGGUUCAGAGGCACAGGCAUGAUCCAAAGUAAUUUCACCAUUAACGAUGGUCUGGACCAGCAGACCUGUCGAAACAACGGAGGUACUAUCUGGACCUACAAUCAAGGUGUCAUCCUCGGUGGUCUAGUCGAGCUCAGCAAAGCGACUAGCGACAAGUUCUACAUUGAUACAGCCCACAACAUUGCCAACGCAGCCAUCGCUACGCUUGCUCCGUCCGGCAUCUUGAGGGGAUUCUUGCGAGCCGAAUUGUGGCGCGGAUGGCUCGCAAUUCAAAGGAAUCUUCGUCAGGAAUUUGCUUGUCCUGCACAAAGCAAGCCCAAGGGACCUAUACAAAGACUUCUUCAAGCGUAA